UUUUCAAUUUAAUUGUCACUCUGCAUCACGGCGCAGUAUAAAUGGCGAGACAGGGGACCUUCUCCAUCGAGAAGCAGAAGUACAAAUAACGUGCUCCCUUUUCACUCCCCGCGAUAAACAGAUUUAACGGCACCGUUUUAGAGCUGCAUUGGUCAGAAGCGUUUGUGGCAGAUUUGAUUGAGGUAUAGGGUAAUGGAUGGAGAAGAGAAGAAGUCUGGUUCCAAGAAAAGAUGGAAGCAGAUUGAGAUUGGUUUUGAUUUGGCUGAUGAUGAUGAGCCUAUUGGGGCUUUACUCAAGUUGAAGAAACCCAGAAACCCUAAGAAGGUUGAUGAAGGGUUAGAUGGUGGUAAGGGCCAGAAGGCUGAAGCUAUGGCAGAGAAGUUGGUGGCCCGAGAUGAGGAUUUGGGCUGUAUGGAUGAUACAUUGGCAAGUUUUAGAAAGAAGCUCAAAGUCCCCAAGAGAUAUUCUGGUGUCAGGACUCUAAAUCCUGCAGAUGAUGAUGGGGUUUCAGAUGUGAAGUCAGCAUCAAAUAUUGCAAACAAAUGUGAGGACAUGGGCAACGACAGAUUGGACGUGGUUGUGGAUGAAGGGGUAGAAAGGAGGCGUAAGGGAAAAGUGAAGAGAGCCAAUGCUGGUAUAAAGACUGAUAGAAGUAAGGAUGGUGCCACACUUGAUGAUGAUUCAGAAAGGUUGGAGCUUAUGGUGGAUGAUCGAAAAAACCAAGGCCAUUGUCACUCUUCUGAUGAGCAAUUCGAAGACCCAUUAUCAUCCUUUUUUCAGAAGGGACAACCUGGCUUGGCUAGGAAAUCUCGCACUAAUAUGAGUUUGAAACAGAAUGGUGUUUCUCAGUCGAUUGAGAAUGAAUUUAGACCCAGCUCUAAAGACAUGCUAGGGGCUUCUGAUACCAUUGCUGCAAAGAGUCCUCCAUCAGAUUUGGCCUCUGAUCAAAAUGGGCCUGCAAUGGACCCUUGUGGCUCUAAUAGGGUUUCUGAUGGGGGCAUCAAGCAAUUAACUCACGUUCAAGUCAAAGACAGCUGUUCUGCACCAGGUCAAAACGUUUCUGAUGGGCUAAAACAUUGUUCAAUAAGUAAGGCAUGCACUUUGGCGCACAAUAUUUUAGGAAUGCCUGAUACUACCUCUACCGCUAAGGAGAUGGAUAACAAUGGAUCUUCCGAGGGUGAGUUCUUUGAAAAAUUGCCUAAAUUUAUGUAUGAUAAGAUUAAUAAAUUGACUUAUGAAAGAAAUUUGGAGGUGCCAAUAUCUUCAUGUGAGAAAUUUUCUUCUCACUAUGUGAAGAAUGAGGCAGUGGUGAGAUAUGAGAAUAUAUAUGAUUGUGAUCAACAACAGAAAGCUUCUGAGCACAUUCAAUCUCAUUUGUCCAACUUCAUCUCCAAUUCACGAAAGAUGGACAAAGUAUGCAGUGAUUUAGAUUGUCUGGAUGCUGACAAUGAGCGGCCAGAUAAUUUAUCUGUUUCUUCUCAAAAGAAAAGUGCCAUUGUAUCUGACAGUAGGUUAUCUUCAAAUGCUGGUGCGUCUGAUGCCAAAGAGACUUCUGGUUAUCCAACAUAUUCUAGUGCCACCAUUCAGAAACUAAACCAACAUUCCGAUGGUGCCUCUGAAGGAUCUCUUGGCAUUGAUGCCAACAAAGAAUCUCCUUCCUCUGUAAACCCAGAGGAAAAUGAAAGUUACCUUGAUGAUGCUGUGAACAUGCCUAGUCAUAAAAGCAAAGAAGAUAAGUUGUCUGCUGUCCCACGUGUUGUGCGGAGGGUUAAAAAGCGUAGGCAUGGAGACAUGGCUUAUGAGGGGGAUGCUUAUUGGGAGAUCCUGAUAAAUGAACAAGGUUUUCUUGAUGAUCGCCAGGUUGUUGGCAGGGAUCAAUCUGUUAGAAUGAGAGAGAAGUUUGAUUCCUCUUCCAUUAGUAUUGUAGAAGCUGACGAUUGUGGGGCAGCAGCUGUGUCAGCUGGGUUGAAAGCCCGUGGGGCUGGUCCACUUGAGAAGAUCAAAUUUAAGGAGGUCCUAAAACGAAAAGGUGGGCUUCAAGAAUAUUUGGAAUGCAGGAAUCGGAUCUUAGGUCUUUGGAAUAAAGAUGUUACCCGCAUUCUGCCUUUAUCUGAUUGUGGUGUCAGCAAUGCUCCUACUGAAUGCGAACCACCUCGAGCUUCUCUAAUUAGAGACGUAUAUCACUUUCUUGAUCAAAGCGGCUACAUAAAUUUUGGAGUUGCUUCUGAGAAGGAGUUGGCGGAUUCUGAACUUCUCAGAGAAAAUAAUGGAGACAAAAGUUAUCGUGCUUCGGUUGCUGAUUCAGAGGAUGGACUCUCCUUUCUUGUUGGACAAGCUAAGAGUUCUGAAACUUCUCUUGAGGCAAAGACUGACACUAUAUCCGAUGAUGCAAAGCAGGGAUUAGAAGCAACUAAAGAUAGGGGUUUUCUUACUUCGUGGAAACUAGAAUCACUUGGAGCGAUUAAACAGGAAGAAUCCUGCAACAAUAUCUAUCAGCAAAACAGCACUCUUGACACAAAACAGGUGGAUGAAUCAGUCAAUUUGGAUCUCACACGUGGUGAGCCAUCUUGUGAAGCAUCUGAUAGUAGCGUAGUCCCUGUCGUCGCUUUGGAGGCAAUCAAUGACUGGAAGAGUGUCCACUCUUCCUCUUAUGAUCACUCAGGAGGAAAUCAUAAUUUUGAGUGUGAUUUAGCAGUCAGGAAGAAAAUAAUUGUUGUAGGAGCUGGUCCUGCAGGGUUAACUGCUGCACGCCAUCUUCUUCGUCAGGGUUUUUCAGUUACUGUACUUGAAGGUAGGAGUAGGAUAGGGGGUCGUGUUUACACAGAUCGCUCAUCUUUUUCAGUUCCUGUAGAUCUUGGGGCCAGCAUAAUUACUGGUGUUGAGCCUGAUAUGGACACUGAAAGAAGACCAGACCCUUCCUCUUUGGUUUGUUCUCAGCUGGGCCUUGAGUUGAGUGUAUUGAACAGCGACUGUCCUCUUUAUGAUAUCUCAACAGGUCAUAAAGUUCCUGCAGAUCUGGACGAAGCUUUAGAAGCAGAGUACAACAGCCUUCUGGAUGACAUGCUGUUACUUGUUGCACAAAGGGGAGAAAAUGCAAUGAAAAUGUCUCUGGAGGAUGGUUUAGAAUACGCACUCAGAAGGCGCCGCAAGGCACGUUUCAGAGCUAUUAUCGGAAAAGCUGAAUCACAGAACUCAGUUGAUGAUUUACCUGAUCCAAAAUCCUGUAGUGCUGAUGAAACUGAGAAAAAAACUAUGAAAGAGGAGUUUUUGAGCUCUCUUGAGAGGAGAGUUAUGGAUUGGCAUUUUGCAAACUUGGAGUAUGGUUGUGCGGCUUUGCUCAAGGAAGUAUCACUUCCAUACUGGAACCAGGAUGAUGUUUACGGAGGAUUUGGAGGAGCUCAUUGCAUGAUCAAAGGGGGUUACAGUGCAGUUGUUGAGUCUCUAGGAGAAGGACUUUGUGUUCUUUUGAACCAUGUAGUCACAGAUGUUUCAUAUGCCACUGAGGACACUGGACUUGGUGAUAAUCAGUGCAAAAAGGUGAAAGUUUCCACAUCAAAUGGUGGGGAGUUUUUGGGGGAUGCUGUGCUGAUUACAGUGCCACUUGGGUGCUUGAAAGCAGAAACCAUAAAGUUUUCUCCACCAUUGCCCCAGUGGAAAUAUUCUUCUAUCGAGAGGCUUGGCUUUGGAGUGCUUAAUAAAGUUGCUUUAGAAUUUCCAGAGGUGUUUUGGGAUGAUUCCGUGGACUACUUUGGAGCCACUGCAGAGGAAACGGAUCGAAGGGGUCACUGCUUUAUGUUUUGGAAUGUCAAGAAAACAGUUGGAGCACCGGUUCUUAUAGCGUUGGUGGUUGGUAAAGCGGCUAUAGAUGGCCAAAAUAUGACCCCAUCCUAUCACGUAGACCAUGCGCUAAAGGUUCUCCGAAAACUAUUUGGCGAAGCAUUGGUACCUGAUCCAGUUGCUUCAGUAGUUACCAAUUGGGGCGAGGAUCCUUUCAGCUAUGGUGCUUACUCUUUUGUUGCCAUUGGAGCAACUGGAGAAGACUAUGAUAUAUUGGGUAGGCCUGUUGAGAAUUGUAUUUUUUUCGCCGGUGAAGCCACCUGCAAGGAGCAUCCUGAUACAGUUGGUGGUGCUAUGAUGAGUGGGCUCCGAGAAGCAGUGCGCAUAAUUGACAUAUUGCACACUGGAAAAGACCACAUGGCCGAGAUAGAGGCUAUGGAGGCUGCAGAGAGACACUCCGACAGUGAAAGUGAUGAAGUUAGGGACAUAAUGAAGAGGCUUGAGGCAGUGGAGCUUUCUGAGAACUUGUUUAAGAACUCCUUGGAUUGGGCACAAAUUUUGACCAGGGAGGCUUUGCUACAGGAGAUGUUCUUCAACGCAAAAACUGCUGCUGGUCGUUUGCAUCUGGCCAAAGAAUUACUGAGUCUUCCUUCCGAGACCUUGAAGUCCUUUGCUGGAACCAAAGAUGGGCUUUCUACGCUGAAUUCAUGGAUGCUGGAUUCAAUGGGGAAGGAUGGAACUCAGCUCUUGCGUCAUUGUGUUCGUCUUCUUGUUCAUGUUUCAACUGAUUUACUUGCAGUGCGCUCAUCAGGCAUAGGGAAAACUGUGAAAGAGAAAGUCUGCAUACAUACCAGCCGUGAUAUACGUGCCAUAGCAAGUCAGCUGGUUAAUGUAUGGCUUGAAGUCUUCCGCAAGGAAAAAGCUUCUAAUGGUGGACUAAAGUUAAUGAGGCAAUCGUCUACUUUGGAUUCAUUGAAGAAAAAAAAUCUUAAUAAUCCUGCCCAAGGGAAGCCGCCCAUUCGCAUGCAUCAUAGUGCUUCUGAGAAUAGAGGAAGUUUGCGGGUUCCUUCUUCUGGUUGGAUGCAUUUUCCUUCCAACGAAUCUAAAAAGAAAGUGAAUGGAAAGUCAGUCAAGCUGGAGAUGAAGAGUGGCUCAAAACUGGAAACCAGUUUGGCAGGGUUUCAACCAUCAUUGGGCCCGCAUAGUCAAGUGGAGGAAAACAGUCAUGCAAUUUCUGAAGAAGAAAAGGCUGUCUUUGCUGCUGCAGAAGCAGCUCGUGCUGCAGCAGAAGCAGCUGCUAAGGCAUUGGCAUCCUCAGAAGCAAAAUGCAAAAUGUCACUGCAGCUACCUAAGAUUCCCUCAUUUCACAAAUUUGCUAGGAGGGAACAGUAUUCGCAAAUGGAUGAAUAUGAUCUUAGGAAGAAGUGGUCUGGUGGUGUUUUAGGAAGACAAGAUUGCCUAUCUGAAAUAGACUCUCGGAGUAGCAGAGUUAGGGAUUGGUCUGUUUUUUCUGCAACUUGUGUAAAUCUUGAAAACUCAAGAAUAUCUGGUGAUAACCUUUCACAGCGGAGCCAUUCAACUGAGAUUGCAUCACAUUUAAACUUAAGAGAGCAAUCUGGAGAAAGUACAGCGGUGGAUAGCAGCCUUUUUACAGGAGCAUGGGUUGAUACUGCUGGAAGUGCGGGGAUAAAGGACCAUCAUGCAAUUGAGAGAUGGCAAUCUCAAGCAACUGCCUCUUGUUCUGAUUUUUUCCAUCCUAUUGCGCAUAUAAAAGAUGAAGAGGAUUCAAACACAAGUUCAAGACCAUCCACCAGGAAGCAUGACCAACGAGCAAAUGAGAGCUCCAUGUCACAAGUGACUGUAAAUAAGGAGACGCUGAAAAAUCAGCUCCGAGGUGCAGACGGCAUCAAACAUGCUGUUGUGGAAUAUGUUGGAUCGUUGCUGUCGCCUCUUUAUCAGGCAAGGAAAAUUGACAAGGAUGGAUAUAAGUCAAUAAUGAAGAAAACUGCGACCAAGGUUGUGGAGGUGGCCACAGAUGCGGAGAAAGCCAUGGCUAUUUCUGAGUUUCUUGAUUUCAAGCGCAAGAACAAGAUUCGCGCUUUUGUGGACAAACUGAUUGAGAAGCACAUGGCAAUGAGGCCAGCGGCAAAGCCUUGAUGGUUUUUCAUAUUGACAUUCUCAUGGUUCUUGGUAUACUUCUGUAUGGGCAUUACAGAAGUCUGUUCUCUGCAUGAGUUUGCAGCUCAUGAUGUGGCAGCACAAUUGAUGUUCUUGGAAGGGUUUUCUUUGACUGCUGAACUUAUAUUGUAGUCCAGGGGGCAUGAAAGAAGUGAGUUGGUUCUUUUUAGGUCAUCUCUGAAUGGGGCCAAUAUCUCCUCUUUGGCGCAUCGGUUUUUCACAAAUUUUAUAGCCUUUCUCAUCUGGAUUUGAGCAGUGCACUUUGAAGAUUGCACGUGACUACGUUGGCAAUUGGUUCUUUGUCGUCAAUACCUGCGCUUUUUACAUAAGUGUGGAGAGCAAAGACCCUAAAUUUUGUUUGAGGGAUCCUCAUAGAUAGACAGAAGAUGUUCCUUUGUUUUUCUGCUUUUCAGUGUACAGGUUAUGAUUCUUUUAGUGAUGACAAGCAUAUAGGACAUUUUCCUUUUCCAUUUCAAUAGAACUUGAUUUACACAAUUUUAAACAUAAUUUGCUAAUUUCUAUCAAUUCUCCAAGGAAGGAGCAAGCAAUGAUGUUUUUCCAUCUAUUGCAGCCUUUCUGAGGCCUUUAGUAC